AGAAAGAAUGGCCGAUCAAAACACACUCGUGUAUUUUACAGUACUACAUGUUUUGUUAAAUAUUUGCUUAUAUACAUGUCAGGGGAAAAUUUUCAACAGGGAAUCGCAACAAAAUGAGCAGACGGUUAUCGUUGACCUAACAGAUUACAAUCUUAAUCAGGUUUUCGAUAGGAAAAGAAGAGAUUUAUCAGACAUUGGCUCAGUUCCCACAGAAUCUAAUGUAAAAAAUAACUCGUUGUUGUCAUCGAGUGUAUUCAGAAUUCCCGACAAAUUCCACUCUCAAGCUGUUGUACACUGGUCUGGAGAAAAUGGCAAGGUUGUGUUUGUUUUAACUCGCCAGACAGAGCAUGGAUUUGUUACAGAUAGUACAUUAUGGAGAUCAAGUGAUUAUGGAACAACAUUUCAAAAAAUUGAUUUACCAUUAGAUGCAGUGGCAGAGUUUAUAUAUUCAUCCCCAGUGAAAAGAAGUCAGUUAAUUUUAACAGAUAUUUUGAACAAGAAAGUACAUUACACUAACGAUGAAGGAAUAACAUGGACGUCUUCUAAUGUUGCCUUUGAACCUGAUAAAUUACUGCUACAUCCAACAGAAAACCAAUGGCUUCUUGGGUAUAGUGUCAUUAGUAUGGAGUUAUUUUCAAGUGGUGACUUUGGGAAAACAUGGACAUUGUUACAUGAAGCAGUAUCACACAGAUUUUAUUGGGCUGUAGAAAAUGUAGACCAAAACAACUUAACUGUUCAUAUGGAAAUCCAAGAUUUACACAUGAUGGGACCAAGUGAAUAUUUGGCUUGUGUUGCUCCAGAUUGUCAAGAUGUUACUCCAGACAAAGAUAUUGGUGAAAUUGAUCCAUUCUCAAUGAUAGUCAGAAAUGAGUAUGUAUUUGUACAGAAAUCUACGUUACGAUCUAGUGAUAUGUUCGUUUCACACAAUAGAGGUCCAUUCAGAAAAGCCUAUUUCCCAAUGAAUUUACACCCAACAGAUUUCCAUAUAGUUGACACAAGUGAACACCAAGUAUUUAUAGCUGCUGAUCAUAAAGAAAUGGAAGUAAACUUAUAUCUAUCUGAUACCAAUGGUCAGUUUUAUGUUCCAACACUACGUAAUGUUGUCAGUACUAUAGAGGAUCCUUGGUUAGAUGUUGACUUAUAUGAAGUGAAGGGUGUACAAGGAACAUACAUUGCCAACCAAUAUGUUAAUCUAUCCAGUGGUAAAGUUGUGGAGAAAACCUUUAUUUCCUUUAAUAAAGGAGGAUCUUGGUCUUUGAUUGCAGUGCCAGAAGAAUUAAAACUCACUUGUGAAGAUAAAUUAAAUUGCCAUUUACAUCUGCACAUGAGGUACAGUAAUUUGAUAUUUGGUAUCCCUGACAUAGUGUCAGAUGAUGCAGCACCAGGACUGAUUAUUGCUCAUGGAUACAUUGGAGAAAAAGUAACAGAAGAUGCUCAUGUGUUUAUCAGUAGAGACGGAGGAUUCAGCUGGAACAAAACUCCAUUUAAUGGAUUAUAUAAAGUAAAUAUAUUAGACCAGGGAGGAGCCAUUAUUGCAAUACAACAGAACAGAACUAAAGUAACCAAUGUAGUUCACUUUUCAUGUGACGAAGGAGCUACAUGGCAAUUACAUCAGUUCUCUACAGACAUGAUGUAUGUGGAUGGUGUUCUUACUGAGCCUGGAAUAUCUACUCUUAUUGUUAGUGUUUUUGGGAGACUAAGUGACAAAUCAGGAAGACAGAUGGUUAAACUGAAUUUCUCAUCUAUUUUAACAAAUAUAUGUGAAGAUAGUGAUUACAUUUCUUGGAUACCUGUAAAUAAGGCAAAUAACAGGAACUGUAUUUUAGGUGAGACAAUAGAGUACCAAAGAAGAAAACAAAAUGCCACAUGUUACAAUGGACCUGAAUUUAAACGACUCAAACCAAAGUCUCUCUGUCUGUGUACAGCAUAUGAUUAUGAAUGUGAUUAUGGUUAUGAACCAGUAGAUAUCAACAGACACAUUUGUCAGAGGGCAGAAUGGUUUGAUGACUCUAAAAUUAACCAUCAUUGUGUUGAGGGAGAUUUUUACAUAAGAAGUCAGGGGUACAGAAAGAUAGCAUCCAAUAAAUGUGUUGGUGGUAUAGAGAACUCUGGGAAGUACAAACUGUUAAAUAUCAGUUGUCCUGUAUAUAAACCAGAGGGUUUGUCACUACGCAUAGAGCAUGAUACAGUAGCUACAGAAUCAUCUAUUGUUUUCAAACUUUCACAAGUUAAGGGAUCUACCCAUAGUACUAUAUAUACCUGGGAUUUUGGAGACAACAAACCUCCUCUGAUUGAUCUGGGAUUUGAUAAAACAAAAACUAAGACCCAUAAAUACACAAGAGCAGGAAAGUACAAAGUAACAGUCGUGGCUAAAAAUAGUGUUGGUGUUGCUACAUGUACAAACCUUAUAAAAGUUGAAGAUGAGAUCACAGACCUUAAUUUACAGAUUCCAAGGGGAGCUCAGAUAAAUCAUCCUACAGUGGUUAUUGUAAAUGUACUCAGUAAAACUAAUUCAUCAAAUUUUGGAUUAAUUCAUUAUGUGUGGAACUUUGGUGAUCAGUUCAAGCCUAAUGGAAGUAAGUCUCUAUUGACAUGGAGUAAUGCUAUGUCACAUAAUUAUACUACAGUUGGAAAAUAUAAUUUGUCUGUGGAGGCUGUCAAUUCUGUUAGUUCUGUUGUACAACAUUAUAUGCUGCAGGUUCAUAAAAAUUUGACUACACUGAGACUCAUGUUUUCAAGUAAUAUAGAUCAUUUCAACACACAGUCUUUAUUAUGGAGAAUAUCAUUUGCUAAUAUUGUGUGUAUGAAUUUAGCAGAGAUACUAUAUGUCGACAGAAGCAGACUCAAUGUUUAUAUACCAAACCAAAAACCAACAAAGGCUGAUGUUACCAUUCUUCCAUCUUAUACUGCUGGAAUUACUAUAAAUCAGAUUGUAUUUGAGUUACAGGAUAAGUUACAGACAGGACAGAUGUCAUUUAAAUGGAUGCCAAAUGAAGACCCUAUUACAGUUACCGAUAUAGAAGUGCUAACAGGUAUUUUUAAAGAUGAUGACAGCAGUUUACCAAAGUUACCUGAAACUACCACUUCAAUAAGUGUACAGCCACAUGAACACAGUCGACAAACAUCACCCAUAUUGAUAGCUGUACCUUUGACUAUUGUAGUCUUUGUACUGGUAGUAAUAGUAGGCUGUUUUAUUAAACGAUUUAAAAGGAAAUCCAAAACUGGACAGCAGUAUUCACUAAUAUUGAAUAGAAAUCGUUUGGAUACAUCAUGUGCAGAAAGUGAUGAAGAUUUAACAGUAGAAGAUUAUGAUAUACAUGAUGGUGAUACAAAUAUAGUGAUCAAUCCAGACUUCCAGCCAUCUUUAGAAUUUAUGAGUGUAGGAACAACAAAUUCAAAUGAUUUAGUGAGCUGUUGAUGAUGGUUUUAGUUAGAUUUUAUCUGUGAUUAUUGGUGCCUUACUUAUUAGCUUCCAUUUUGUUAAAUUUGCGUCUAAGUGUGUAUGUGUGUUUAUGCAGCCAUUGUUUGUUGUUAAAAAACAUGUGAUGAAGACACAUUACAAUUUUUUGUUCACACAUGUACAUUAUGUGUUCAUUCUAAACAAAUUGUAAAGUUUGUUAAGACUUGUUAUCUAAAUCAUUUGUACAACUUACAGAUCCCAUUAGUGCUAAAAUACUAUUUGUACUUGUUGACUCAUGCUGUCUUUGAUAUUUUAUGUUAAAUUAUUUGAUUAAUUUGUUGAUGACAACAUAGAUUGUUUAUAGACUUUACAUCAGUAUUAUAAGAGUUACUAUCAUGACAAUGUUUAUAAUGACCAUGCCAAGGAAAGUGAAGAUAGGGGUUAAUAGACAUUUGUAUUUAUGUCUUCUAGUGUCCAUUCAAUAGAUUUAUUAUUUAAUGAGAUUGCUGCAGCCAAAAACAAGAUUGAUAUUUCAUUUAAGAAUAUUUUCAUGUUAUCAUUUAACAACAAUUCUAUCAUUUAAUGGCCUAUACACAUUUCCCAAUGUGGUGGUCAUUAGGCUAUGAUUGAUUACAAUUUAUUUUCUCUUACUCAUGAACCCCUUUUAUGAUUAUAGUUCAAGGAGGUUUCUAAAUUUCUUUCUAUUGGUUGAAAACCUCAAUUUAAUAAUUUUUUGUUGAUUUCAUUUAUUUAGAUAAAGAAACAAUUUAAUCAUAUUUAAAACACAUUGUUUCAGAUAAUCAUUUCUUUAACAGUGAAAUCUGUAUGAAUAUCAUAAUCAUUUCAGUUCUAGUUUCAGAAGAUGAAUUUGUCUGCAAGAAUAAUCUUUAACAAGUACAAAUAUCAUCUGCAGUUGCAUGCAUAUAUUGUUCCAUAUGGUGAAUCAGUGGCGGAUCCAGAACUUUUCAUAAGGGGGGCCCGCUGACUGACCUAAGGGUUGGGGGGGGGGCUCCUGUCAUGCUUCAGUGAUUCCCUAUAUAAUCAACCAAAUUUUCCUCACCAAAGGGGGGGCCAGAGCCCCCCCUGGAUCCACCUAUGUGAAUUUAGUUUUUACCCUGUCAAUAUUUUGACAUUUUCGAAGAGAUGUAAAAAGCAUUAGAGGAGUAGAAAUUUUAUUAAAGAAAAUGUUUGAUGAUUUGAGAUUGAAGAAAAAUUGUGGGACAUUAUUCAGAAGCAAGGCUAUGACAUCCAAUGUGUAUGCAAUGUUUCAUUGUAGUUAAUUAUUUAGCCUUUGCAGUAUUUCUUUAGACAUUUUAUAUGAUGCUCCGGUUAAAAAUCAUCACAUACUUCCAUGAUUUCAAUAAAUGUGUCUAUUUUGCCAUGGUUUUUUUUGGUCAAAUUUUUUUUUAAAUGAUAAGGAUAGAUGAACAUGAGAAAAUAACAAAUAUCUCAUUGUCAUUUGUUUUGCUUAUAUUUUUUUAUGUUUUACAUAAUCAUAGUAUGUAAUUUAAAAUGUUGUGUGUUCUGAAAUUUGUUGAUUACUUGUACUUUUCAAGUAUGUAACUUAUACUUUUAAUGUUACUUAUAAUAUUUUGUCCUAUAGAACAAACAUGACACACCUGUAAUAAUAAUAUAUUUUUCAUUCAAAUCAAAUGUGUAGGUUCACAAAGGGUUAAAAUUGACAAUAACAUUUUUUUUUUCAAUCUUGCCAAAAUACUAUAAAUUUUACAUAGAUAUAGCUUUGUUAUAACUUGUAAUACAAAAUAACUUCUUUUGGCAUCUCACAUUAUAAAUUGUGAAGUUAUGACCCCUGAAUUAUGCAAUAUAUGGGUAUGUGUAUUUUUAUACGACCGCAACAAAUUUUUUGGGAUCGUAUGAUGUCGUCGUCGUCUACGUCGUCGUCCGAAGACACAUUUGGUUUCCCGACAAUAACUUUAGUUUAAGUGAAUGGAUCUCUAUGAAAUUUUUUAAGAAUGUUCAAUACCACAAAAGGAAGGUUUGGGAUUGAUUUUGGGGGUGAUGGUCCCAACCGUUUAGGAAUAAGGGGCCCAAAAGGGGCCCAAAACAAGCAUUUUUCUAGUUUCAGGAUAAUAACUUGUGUAUAAGUAUUUUGAUUGCUCUGAAAUUGUACCACAAUGUGUAAUACCACAAGUAGAAGGUUAGGAUUUAUUUUGGGGGUUAUGGUGCAAACAGUUUAGGAAUUAAGGGCCAAAAAGGGGCAAAAAAAAAAGCAUUUUUGUAGUUUCCGGACAAUAACUUGUGUGUGAGUGUGUGGAUCUCUCUGACAUUGUACCACAAUGUUCCAUAUCACAAAGGGAAGUCUGGAGUUGAGUUUGGGGGUAAUUGCCCCAAACAUGCAGGAAUAAGGGGCCAAAAAAGGGCCAAAAACAAGCAUUUUUCUAGUUUCCAGACAAAAACUUGUAUGUGAAUGGAUCUCUCUGAAAUUGUACUACAAGGUUCCAUACUACAAUGGAAAGGCUGGGAUUGAGUGUGGGGGUAAUUGCUCCAAGGAGGGAUUCAAAAAGUUUGGGGGGGGGGGGGGACUUUUUUAAGAUGUUCAUAUUUUUUUUUCAAAAUUUUGGAAAAGUUUCAAGAAUAAAGAAGAAACCUUCAAUUGCACAGUAUUGCACAAUAGAUUUGUAAGAUCUUUGACCACAUUUGUAUUGUGUCAGAAAUUUUGAUUAUGUCAGAAAUUUGAUCACAAUCCAAAUUCAGACAGUAUCAAGCUUGAAUAUUGUGUCCAAAUUUGCCCCAACUGUUCAGGGUUCGACCUCUGCGGCCGUAUCAGGCUGCGCUCAGCGAAGCAUUUUAUUCAUUAUUGAGCUCACCUGGCCCCAAAUAGACGUUCAUCUUUGAUCGUUAACUUUUACAAAAAUCUUCUUUUCUGAAACUAGUUGGCCAAUUUUGACCAAAAUUUGCCACAAUCAUCAUUGGGGUAUUUAGUUUAAAAACUAUAUCCAAUGACUCA